AAUUGGUGACAUGCACCGGAUCUCACAAUGUUGUCGAACACUGGGACGCUUGAUUAUUGAAUGCAAAAAAUUGAAUUCUACUGCAAUGAUUACUUUGGAUACACUUGUGUCCCCACAUCAUUUUGAUUUAGUUGUUUCUGCAACUCAAUCAAUGUCUGUGUCUGGAGAAAAUCCUGCAAUUUCACUUGGAAGUUUUAUUGGGAACAUUUUCGGACACAUAAUACAAAUAAAGACUGGAGAAGCACUUAGAUCCAAUGAUGAAAAGAGAAGCCAGGAGGCCAGUGAUUUUCAGAAACUAUUCGAAUCUGAAUGGAAUUACAGAGUGAAUGCAGUUUGCACAAGAAGAAAAAACACACUGAAUAGGAAGAGAAUCCAAGUGCUUCCACUUACAGAGGAUUUACAAACUCUGCGUGACCACAUAAUGUUGAAGAUGAAGGAAACAUCAUCGAAGUUAAAGACAACAAAGAUGGCAUGUGAUUGGGUUGAAUUAGCCAAACUAACCUUAUCUAGACUUAUCCUCUUCAACAAAAGAAGAAGAGCUGAAGUAAAAGACUUAAAAGUACAGGAUUACCAAUGCCGUCCUGACUGGAAGACAGAACAAAGAGGGGAAUUUGAAAUGGCCUUAACAUCAGCAGAUAAAAUUUUGGCUAACAGAAUGGACAUGGUCUUGAGUGCAGGCAAAUCCAAAAAAAAUGUGGAUGCAUAUGUCCUUCUUCCACCGGACACAAGAGAAGCGAUUGACCUAUUAAACUCACUAAGGAAGGAAGUUGGGGUACCAGUAAAUAAUGAAUACAUAUUUGCAAGAUUGAAUGCAGAAACACCAAUGGCUGGACAUACAGACUUAAAAGAAAUUGUUAAUAGCUGCCCAGGUCUAAAAGAACCAUCAAAGAUCAGCUCAACAAAUCUUAGAAAAUAUAUUGCCACAGUGUCGCAGAUCCUUGACAUGACAGAUAAUGAAGUAGAAAUGCUUGCAAGACAUCUAGGUCACGAUGUGAAGACUCAUAAAGAGAACUAUCGUUUGUCUCAUUCAACAAGAGAACUUACAAAGGUCUCACAACUUCUGAUUGCAGUAGAGUCUGGGUUUGUAAAUAAAUGGAAAGGAAGGAACCUGUCAGAUAUAUCAGUGGAUGAUUUAACAGACUUGUGUUUGAGUGACCAGAAAGCCAGUGGGGUCAACAAAGAUGAUAGUGGAAUGUACGCAGACCAAAAUACAGCUGAUGAUGGUUUAACAAACUUGUGUUUGAGUGACCAGAAAGCCAGUGGGGUCAGCAAAGAUGAUAGUGGAAUGUACCCAGACCAAAAUACAGCUGAUGAUGGUUUAACAAACUUGUGUUUGAGUGACCAGAAAGCCAGUGGGGUCAGCAAAGAUGAUAGUGGAAUGUACCCAGACCAAAAUACAGCUGAUGAUGGUUUAACAAACUUGUGUUUGAGUGACCAGAAAGCCAGUGGGGUCAGCAAAGAUGAUAGUGGAAUGUACCCAGACCAAAAUACAGCUGAUGAUGACUUGAAUGACAGAGAAAAUGAAAAUAACAGUCAAUCAAGUGCAACUAGAGACAUCAUGGACAUUGAGACACAGUCAAAAAAAGGAAAACGAGGUACUAAAAGAAGAUGGACAAAUGAAGAAACAGAGUUUCUUCGAAAGAAAUUUAAAGGAUACAUUUUGGGCAUUCAGAUAAGUGUUCAUCAGUCAGAAUUGAAGGAGGCCCAAAAGAUAUGCCCAACAAGGACAUUGCCACAAAUAAGGGCAAAAUUGAAUAACAUCAAGCUGGGGAAAUCAACUUGA